AAAUUUCAACUAUGGAUUGCAUCACUCGUUCCUGCAAAGUGUGCAAUGAGAAAACUACAGGAUUUAAUUACGGUGUGCAAUCAUGUAAUGCUUGCAAAAUGUUUUUCCGACGAGCUCUCGACACCCCAAAAGUUCUCAAAUGUGGUCGUGAUGGAAACUGCCCAACAAUUGUUCUGGACAGUGGAGAAUCUCAGUGCAGGUUUUGCCGUUUCCACAAGUGUAUCAUUGUUGGUAUGAUUUUUUUGGAUGCUGUGGAUGAUCCAACAAAUAUAAUCAACAAGUUACUUGUUAUGGACACAAAACGAAGAGAUAUAUUUUUGAAUUGCACGAUUCCUGAAAGUCUGACAGUCGAUGAAGUUUUCAGCAGACGUUCGUUCCCAUUUGAGCCCAGAAAACCAGGAACAGUGUUCAACUUUUGCGACUGGGGUGUUAUAAAUCAUCUCUCGUGUAUAAGUUUCAUACGACAAUUGGAUUUUAUAAAAUUUCUAUCCAGUCAAGACACGAUAGCAAUUUUUAAGUACUCUCACUUAAUGUAUCUUAUACUGGUUACUGCAAUGCGAUCAUACCUGUGCAAGGAAGCCGCGAUGAACCAUCCUGGAAAAGUUGAUGUCUUCCCAGAAGAAGCUCAAUAUGCAGCCGGAUACAAUAAACAAUUACUCAAUGAUAUCAGAUGCUUGCUUGUAGGAAGACUUAGUGAAAUUAAAAUCACACACGAAGAGUUUAUUCUACUCAGUGUAAUCAUUCUAUGCAAUCCUGGCGCAACAAACUUAUCGAAAUCGGGACGGAUAAUCCUAGCCAGUAACCAAGAAAGAUUCAGCUCAAUUCUGCUUCACUAUUGCUUGAUAACGAACUCCAAAUGUGGACCAGCAAGAUUUAACGAGAUCUUAUCUCUCUGUCAUGUGGUUUCUAGAACACUUUCUGAUCUUGACAACUUAACGUGUUUGUAUUCAUUAGUACAUACAGUACCUGCUCCUCCGAAUCUUUUUAAUAAUAUUUUAAAGUUUUUGCUUCAUUAAUCUCUGCGCUCGAUUAAAGUCCCAGUAAUUUUUCGUAGUUUGUAGAUGUAUCAAAUUUUUGAUACAUCAACUGAUUUGUCAGCUUUCAUCUUGCAACCAAAAAAAUGUGUUUAUGAAAAUAGAGCUCACAUAAAGUUCUUCCGUGAUGUCUUGAUCAACCA